AGAAUCGCAUCAUGGUAGCUGAAGAUGUUCAUUUGAAGGUGUAUUUGAGUUAAGUGAAGGUUGUUGAAUUAGGGCCGAUCUUGGGAGUACGGAUGGAUCGGCGGCAGGUAUUCUCGGUGGACCUGCUCGAGAGGUACGCUGCGAAGGGGCGUGGAGUGAUUACAUGUAUGGCUGCUGGGAAUGACGUCAUUGUGCUGGGGACGAGCAAGGGCUGGGUGAUUCGCCAUGAUUUUGGGGUUGGAGAUUCCUUUGAUAUUGAUCUCUCUGCGGGUAGAACUGGAGAACAGUCAAUCCAUAGGGUUUUUGUUGAUCCUGGAGGCAGCCAUUGUAUUGCCACGGUAGUUGGUGGGGGAACUUCGGAUACUUUUUACACACAUGCAAAGUGGGCUAAGCCUCGCAUUUUGCCCAAAUUGAAAGGUCUUGUUGUGAAUGCUGUUGCAUGGAAUAGGCAGCAUAUUACAGAGGCUUCAACAAGGGAAAUUAUUCUUGGCACCGACAAUGGCCAACUUUAUGAAGUUGCUGUGGAUGAAAAGGAUAAGAGGGAAAAGUACAUCAAAUUUUUAUUUGAACUCAGUGAACUUCCUGAGGCUUUCACAGGAUUACAGAUGGAAACAGCAAGCACAAACAAUGGAACUAGAUAUUAUGUCAUGGCUGUUACUCCUACGCGACUUUAUUCUUUUACAGGAGUAGGCUCUCUGGAGACUGUUUUUGCUAGCUAUGCAGAGCGCGCAGUUCACUUCAUGGAACUUCCUGGGGAUAUCCCAAACAGUGAACUCCAUUUUUUCAUCAAACAAAGAAGAGCUAUACAUUUUGCAUGGCUUUCUGGAGCAGGAAUAUAUCAUGGUGGCCUUAUUUUCGGAGGACAGCGAAGUUCACCAAAUGGGGAUGAAAACUUUGUGGAAAACAAGGCUCUGUUGGAUUACUCAAAACUCGGUGAAGGCGUGCUCAUCAAACCUAGUUCCUUGGCCGUGUCUGAAUUCCAUUUUCUUCUACUGAUUGGAAACAGAGUUAAGGUUGUAAAUAGAAUCAGUGAACAGAUUGUAGAGGAGCUGAGUUUUGAUCAAGCUUAUGACACAGUCUCAAGGGGUGUUCUAGGUCUAUGCAGUGAUGCAUCUGCUGGACUUUUCUAUGCAUAUGAUCAGAACUCCAUCUUUCAGAUAUCUGUGAAUGAUGAAGGUAGAGACAUGUGGAAAGUGUAUUUAGACUUGAAGGAAUAUACUGCCGCUUUGGCAAAUUGUCGUGAUGCUCUGCAAAGAGACCAAGUUUAUGUGGUGCAGGCUGAAGCUGCUUUUUCUUCCAAAGAUUUUCUUAGAGCAGCCUCCUUUUAUGCGAAGAUCAACUUUGCAUUGUCAUUUGAAGAGAUCACUUUGAAAUUUAUUAGCAUAGGCGAGCAGGAUGCAUUAAGAACAUUUUUGUUGCGGAAGCUUGAUAAUAUCACAAAGGAUGACAAAUGCCAAAUAACCAUGAUUUCUACAUGGGCAACUGAGUUGUAUUUGGAUAAGAUUAACCGAAUACUAUUGGAAGAUGAUGCUAUGUCAGAGAAUGUUAGUUCAGAGUAUCAAUCAAUAAUUACAGAAUUCCGUGCCUUUUUGAGUGAUUGCAAGGAUGUUUUGGAUGAGGCUACCACAAUGAAACUUCUUGAAAGCUAUGGUAGAGUUGAUGAAUUGGUGUUCUUUGCAAGUCUUAAAGAGAAACAUGAGAUUGUGAUUCAUCAUUAUAUUCAGGUAGGAGAAGCUAAGAAAGCACUGAGAGUUCUUCAGAAACCGAAUGUUCCUAUAGAACUUCAGUACAAAUUUGCACCAGAUCUUAUCAUGCUCGAUGCUUAUGAAACUGUUGAAUCAUGGAUGACUACCAAAGACCUGAACCCAAGGAAGUUCAUUCCUGCGAUGAUGCGAUAUUCGAGCGAACCACAUGCAAAGAAUGAAACUCACGAGGUGAUUAAAUACUUGGAGUACUGUGUUCACCGAUUGCAAAAUGAAGACCCUGGUAUUCAUAAUUUGCUGCUCUCAUUAUAUGCCAAACAGGAGGAUGAGAGUGCUCUUCUUCGAUUCCUGCAAUGCAACUUUGGAAGGGGGCGACCAAGUAGCCCUGAUUUCUUUUAUGAUCCAAAAUAUGCCUUACGUCUUUGUCUCAAACAAAAACGGAUGCGUGCCUGUGUUCAUAUAUACAGUAUGAUGUCUAUGCAUGAAGAAGCAGUUGCUCUUGCUCUACAGGUGGAUCCGGAGCUGGCUAUGGCGGAAGCUGAUAAGGUUGAAGAUGAUGUAGACUUGAGGAAGAAACUUUGGCUUAUGGUUGCCAAACAUGUCGUUGAACAGGAGAAGGGAACAAAGAGGGAGAACAUUCGAAAGGCUAUUGCAUUUCUCAAGGAGACUGAUGGACUUUUGAAAAUCGAAGACAUCUUGCCCUUUUUCCCAGAUUUUGCACUGAUUGACGAUUUCAAAGAGGCAAUCUGUUCAUCUCUGGAGGAUUACAAUGAGCAAAUCGAAAAGCUCAAACAAGAGAUGAACGAUGCUACACACGGUGCAGAUAACAUAAGGAAUGACAUCAGUGCUCUUACGCAGCGAUAUGCUGUCAUUAAACGCGACGAGGAAUGUGGGGCCUGUCGUAAGAAAAUAUUAAACACAGCUGAUGAUUACCGUAUGGCGAGAGUGUAUUCUACCGUUGGAUCCAUGGCACCUUUCUAUGUCUUCCCGUGCGGACACUCUUUCCACGCUCACUGCCUGAUUGCACAUGUGACUCGAUGCACUACCGAAGCUCAAGCUGAGUACAUAUUGGACUUGCAAAAGCAACUGACUUUACUGGGGAAUGAAUCCCGGAGGGAAAUCAACGGAAGCUUAUUGGAAGAGGAACCAAUCGCAGGCCCGUCUCCUUUAGACAAGAUUCGAUCACAAUUGGACGACGCCAUAGCUAGUGAGUGCCCGUUUUGUGGUGACCUGAUGAUCCGGGAGAUAUCCCUGCCAUUCAUCCGCCCGGAGGAAACAGAAGAGAUGGAGUCGUGGGAGAUAAGGCCGCAGGCACUCGGAUCUCAGAAAAGCAUCUCAUUAAUCGUGUGAGCGAUCCAUCGUUGUCGGCGUUGGCCCUCGGAGGAUCUUAACAUUGUCAAGGCAAGAUUUUGCUUCUGUUGAGGUAUGAAAGAAUGCAUUAUAUAUACAUAUGCAUAUUUGGUGUAUGUUGUCUUUUUCUUUCCUUCAUUUUUUUCUUUGUUCCUUAAGAAAUGUUUGUCUUCUUUACUAACCAUUUAUAUGUACGGGUGUGUUUGUUUGGGGGUUUGGAUUUUGGGUUGGAAUUUGAAUAGUAAAAUUUUGAAUUUGAAUAGUUA